AUGGCGGAACUCGAGACCCAUCUGCAGACAUUGCAAAUGGAGCACAACUCAGAGCAGGAGCGGUUGCGUUGCUACCGAGAAGAACAUGACAAGGCCCACCUCAUCCAAGACAGGCUGGAGCAGGAGCGCAACAAGGCUUGCCAGCAGCUCGAGGAGGAGCAGCAGCAAAGGCAGGCCACGUUGACGACAGCAACAUUGUCAACAAGGCUCACCAUGCCUCCCAACCAGAGCACGUCGCACUGUCGCCGCGAUCCGAGGGAGGAAAGCCCUCGGAGGCAUAUGGCUGGGCCCUCCAUGUCUUUUGCGAUGCCCUACCCCACUCAGUUGAAUAUGGCUGGGUCAUCCAACCCCUACCCGUCCACCGCGCACAGGUCGUCUAUCGAGCACCCAAUGGUUGACUUUGAGAACACCUCGAGUGACGAGGAGGUGGACAAGCGCUGA